AUGACCUCGCUACUCCUCCUUAGAACCCUCCCGCUCCUCCGCAACGGUUUUCUCAACCACCGUCACCAAGUCUGUGUCGCAGCCGCUGGAUUCCUUUCUCACCGUCGGCGUCUGUGGUGCUCACUUGCUGAUAAACCACAGCUGCGCGAGGAUGACUCUCCGGGAGAGGGAUCCGCGGCGGCGAUGAACUUCAAACCGCCUGUUGAUGAGAGCUGGCGUUAUGAAGAUCCUGAUUACCGGAAAUGGAAAAACCUAGAAACAGAGAUUCUUCAAGAUAUUGAACCUAUUGUCCUUCUCGCUAAAGACAUUCUUCAUUCAGAUAGGUAUUUGGACGGAGAGCGGUUAGAAUUUGAGGAUGAGAAGAUUGUAAUUGAAAAGCUUCUUGCUCAUCACCCCUACUCCAAAGAUAAAAUUGGAUGCGGUCUAGAUUUUAUAAUGGUUGAUAGGCAUCCUCAAUUCAGGCACUCGAGGUGUCUCUUUGUUGUGAGAACGGAUGGUGGAUGGAUAGAUUUCUCCUACCAGAAGUGUCUUCGAGCCUAUGUUCGAGAUAAGUACCCGUCUCACGCCGAGAGGUUUAUUCGUGAACAUUUUAAGCGUGCUAGUAGCUAA